CCCUCCCCCGCCGCGGGCCGCCCGGCCAUGUAGACGGGGCGGCGCGGCCGCCCUUCCCCGCGCAGCCGUCCCUCUGCCAGCGGGCGCCAUGGAGGACGUCGGCUCGGGCGUGAACGCGGACGCGGAGGUGCGGAAGCUGCAGGAGCUGGUGAAGAAGCUGGAAAAGCAGAACGAGCAGCUCCGCAGCCGCCACGGCGCCCUGCCCGCCGCCCCCGCCAGCCCCAAGCGCCUCCUCAGCGGUGGGCCUUCUCCCUCGCCCCCCGCCGCCUCCCCGCCCGACGGCCGCUGCCUCAGCCCCAGGGCGGCUGCCCGGCGCCCGCCCCUCGAGGAGCCCGGCGGCGUGGCGGCCGGCGGGGAGGGCAGCGGCCUCUUGGACGACGCGGCGUUGCUGAGGCCGGAGGAGCUGGAGCGGCUGGCCGGCUGCGAGGAGGACGAGACCGGCUGGUUAUACACAUCCCCAAAGAAGAAACCGACUCCAGUGCAAAAAUGUGUCAGUCCAUUAGUUUGGUGCAGGCAGGUUUUGGAUUACCCAAGUCCUGAUGUUGAAUCUGCUAAGAAGUCACUGAUCCACAGGCUGGAACAGACAAUGUCAGCUCUCAAGAGGCAGAGUUUGUACAGCAGCCCUUUCAGCGCUGUCAGUUAUGCGAGCUCCUACAGUCCCAAUACAAGUAGCCCCUACAGCAGUGGUUUCAACUCCCCCUCCUCAACACCUGUGAAAUCUGCUUUAGUGAAACAGCUCAUACCUCCUGGUACCUCAGGUCAUUAUAGAAGUUCAGCAGAUAGAAAUCCUCCACUAAGUCCACAGUCCUCUCUGGACAGUGAAUUAAGUGCAUCUGAGAUGGAUGAAGACUCUAUUGGGUCUAAUUACAAGCUAAAUGAUGUUACAGAUGUGCAGAUUUUAGCACGAAUGCAAGAGGAAAGCCUGCGGCAGGAGUACGCAGCGACUGCUUCUCGGCGUAGCUCUGGUUCUUCUUGCAACUCCACCAGGAGAGGCACCUUCAGCGAUCAGGAGCUGGAUGCACAGAGUCUGGAAGAUGAAGAGGAUGGCACACACCACGCAGUGCACCCUGCUGUGAACAGGUUCUCACCAUCACCUCGCAGCUCUCCGUGGCCCUCACCAAAGCAGUCUCCCAGGAACUCCCCGCGCUCGCGCUCGCCUGCUCGCAGCAUCGAGUACAGCAGAGUGUCUCCCCAGCCCAUGAUCAGCCGUUUGCAGCAGCCUCGCCUCUCUCUUCAAGGCCAUCCCACAGACUUGCAGACCAGCAGUGUCAAAAGUGAAGAAAAGCUACGGCGCAGUCUUCCAAACCUGUCCAGGACAUCCAACAUCCAAGCUGAGUCUGUGAAAAACAGCAGGAGUGACUCCAACUUCCAAGUGCCAAACGGAGGGAUACCUCGCAUUCAACCUCAAGCCUCAGCCACUCUGCAAAGGCAGAAACAUUUGCCUCGUGCUGCCUUCAAAACCAAACAGUUUCUUCAAACUCCAUCUGCAAAAGGAGUACCCUCUUCGAGUAAGUUCCGGUCCCCUGCGGCACCAUCUCCCCUGGCUCUCCGACAACCAGUCAAAGCUUUCAGUAACCAUGGACCUGGUUCACUUGCUUCUCCAGAAGCCACACAGCUGACACACAGCAGUUCUUCACCAGGGCCUCUUGCAGCCCACAGUUCAGGCUUGCCAAGCCCUGCCAGCAGUAUUAACAGUACUACUCUUACCAGACCGGCAGGGACAGCAGGGAUGAGGAGUGGUUUGCCCAGACCCAGUGCCCCUUCUGCAGGGGGCAUCCCAGUGCCUCGUAGCAAACUUGCACAGCCUGUUCGCAGAUCCUUACCUGCUCCCAAAACCUACGGCAACGUGAAAGACGAGAGCUGGAAGGAUGGCUGCUACUGACCUGCAAUGCUUGACUCAGAGUUCCAGUGCUCAUGGAUGCUUCCUCACCAGGCUCAAAGACAGCUGGAGUACACAAACUGUUCAGAUGUGACUUUUGGGAUUUGUAGAAAUUCCAGACCUCUCUGUCUCUGAUUAGCACAAACUGGCAGAGAUUCCUAAAGCAGCACUUUAAUGGCAUCUAACAUCAGAUGGUUGGUGGUCAUACAAUCACUUCUACAUUCAAUUGCUAUCAAUUAGGGGGGGGGUUCUCCUGCUUGCUAAUAAAAAAAAGUGUAUCCAUAUGAGCAUUUAGGAGUGUGGCCAAUGUCUGGGCAGAAACCUAAUGAAUGCCAAAGAAAUGCCCAUUUUGAGAAACAGCAGGUGUGACUGACAGUCAGCUGGUGCUGCCCAGAGCUUCACCUUCAGCCUGGUUUGGUUGAGCAGUGAGGUGAGUGAUUGAAACCAGACUACACUAACAAUCAGGGCUAACAUUCUGAUUGCAGACUGCUGUAGUGCUGGUGACACACAGCCCGGGGCAGCUGUCUGAGACCCUCCCUGGGACAGUGGUACGUACCUCCUGCAGAACCAGGAGGGGCUCUGUGUGGGGGACCAGGCGAAACAGUGGUAGCCAUGGCUUUUGCUAACAGGAGAGGUUUGAAUGUAGCAGACACACCAAAUGCAAUAGCACAGACUGCCUCUUUCCUAUGCUGCCUGAUCAGCUUUCCAUGCUCUUACACCUUGGAUUGCCAAAAGGGCUCGCUAUCAGUUGCACAACCUCUGCAACCUUAAAGUUCCUGGCUCAGGAAAGAUGGCCUUGGCUGUUGUAGCUGCCUUUGUGAUUAACACAUGGCUCACUACCUGGGGACACCUUCUGGUUGUUUUUUCUAGCAGGUUUCCUCACAAAGGAAAGAGAAGUCCUAACAUUCAGUUGUCCCAACACCACACCACUAUGCUUGCAGCCUGGAGCAACCAUUAAUGCUGGUAGUUAAGGAGAAGGAAACACAACUAUGCACUUGUAACACACAGAUUUUAAGGUGAUGAGAGCUGACUCUUGAUGCCAAAUGAUAUUCAUUUCGGUGAUGUUCCAUGGUGGGAGGAAGUUUUUUCUGUAUCCUAUUUUUUUACUUUCAUCCAUUUCUUAAAUUGGUUUAUUUUAAAGUGUAAAUAUUUUUACAGAAGAUAUUGCCCACGUUAAGUGUGUUGAAACUUGUACUUUGCCUUACAUAUGUGUAUCUUAACAUUACUGGUGAGAGAGUAUGAAAUCUGCUAUGUCUGUUUACAAGCUAUUAAAUUCCUCUGGUGGCUCUGACUCAUUCUGACACCUUUUGCUCAGAACCAUCCUUUUUUCUGUUUUGGAAGCUAUCAGGCAAACAUUUGUAACUUGGGUGGGAUUAGUCAGACAGAAGGGAAUUUGUUUGAAGCUCGUUCAGUAUUUUGGAUGUACAGUUGAUGAAGUAAGAGAAUGUGAAUGGUGAAUCCUUUGUGCAAUGACUGCCCAACACUACAGGCUGGCUUGGACAGUAGGUAGCCUUCAACCCCAUGAGUAUCUUGAGUUUGGAACUGCUGGUGUGUUUUGACUCUCACCAAGAAGAGGGUAACUAACCCUGGAAUUCCAGCACUUGGAUUUGUGGCCAGCAUGAACACUUUCCUGGAUGAAAAGCCAUGCAGUACUACUUGACUUGGAAAAAGCCAAAUAGGGAGGAGAGGAGACUAAGCUGCAGCUCUAAUUACUCAAGCAAGCUUUGGGUUGACGAACGACUUCAGGCUGCAGACUUUGAAGUCAGAGUAUCAAAUAUACUGUAAGGCAGUAAGGGGAAGAAAACUACCUUGUCCCAGGUAGAGCAGUACACACCAGUGAGGUAGGCUGGUGAGGUUUGGCAUGGGUGAUAGGCAGUUAGAGGCCUAGGUCAGAUGCCAGCAGUCUCACUCCAGCCCAGCUUUGAACAUUUCAGCAUCUCACAAAGCAAUGCUGCAUCUUCAGUCAAUAAAAGGUGAAUUUUAAGGGGGGGCUUUUAUCAAACACUCAACUGACUUUGACCUUGUGAAAGUCAGUUGAGAAGAUUUGGGGGGGGGGGGGUUACCAUCAAACCACUGUGUAGGUUUCCUUAAGUAAUUCAUCACUUGGGUAAGUUCAGCUUUUUAAGUUUGCUGAGGAUUCUUUUCUCUGCUGUUCUCCCCUGACACAGAACAGCAAAGGACUUGCUGAAAAGAUCUGUUUACUUAGAGACAAAAAACAAAAGCCUUUGUGCAUCACCAGUUGAUGGAGAUCAGGAACUCACAGGGGCUCUGUGUUUAGAGAUUUACUGCAGAAGUGUGGAGUUAUGGAUUUGAUAAACUAGUGCCUAUGAUUUACUUAACUUAUGUUUGAUAUCGUAGUAAGGGGUUUAUGAAUGUGGAUUCCUCCUCCUUUUUUGUGCCAACAGCUCGGAAUUGUUGUGUGUGUGAAGGCAGAAGGACUUGUUCUGCUUCCAAAGUUAUUUAAGUUCUUCUUUUUGGUUUGUUCCUUUUGAAUGUUUUUUUGUAAGUGGUUAAAAGUGUUAAAAAUAUAUCUAUAAACUAUUCUUACCACAAAA